AUGUUCCACUCCAAGUCUCAGUGUCAGUCCAAAUCGGGUCUACUCCUGAUCCUUUUCGUCCUGGCCUUUGUCGGGAUUAGGGGAGACUACGAUUGGUAUGGCGACUAUUCGGGCUCGGAGCUGGACUACAUCUUCCCGGAUGCGAGCUACGAUGCCGGGUGCCCACCGGGUGGCUAUCCUGUAUGUGCCACCGAUGGCUACACUUACCACCCAUUUGCCAGCAAGUGCCGUCUGGACUCGCACAAUAUGAAGCAGCUUUUCGCCGGCAAGAAGGAGCUAACCUGUACUGAUCUGGACUACUGUCAAUCGUAUUCGAUUCCUGCACAGGAAUACUAUCCGAAGAGCUCGCCAGUUCAGAGCUUUGGUCCGGUUCGGUAUUUCGCAUCUUCUGCAAAGAAUUCCUAUGCAUAUGCCGCCGCCAGCGGUCCUUAUGGCGCCAAGGCUUCGGCCGAGGCUCCGGGUCCAUAUCCUUUGGCCCCUCCCUCUUAUGAGGUUUCCUAUCCCUCCGCUCCCGCUGUCUAUAUCUCGCCUCCUGCCAAUUAUCCUUCCCCGCCCUCAUCCUAUCCCGCUUAUUCCAAAAAUGUGCCCGCCUAUGCCGCUGUUUAUAGCUAUGCCGACACCACCAGGGCACCAUUCAAUGGAUCGACUUCGUCCGCGGCCACUACUGCCACCACUGCCACUACAGCUACCACGAGGGCCAAUACGUAUCCUGGGUACCCCACCGCAUAUCCAACAACCACUGGGGCAACAAGCACGAUGGCAACAACCACAGUAGCUACAACUACAGUAACAACCACGCCGGCAACAACCACGUUGGCUACAACGACAGCAGCUACCACCACAGCAGCAAGAACCACAGCAGCAACAACCACAGCUUCCACAACCACAGCGGCAACAACCACUGCAGCAACAACUGCAGUAACAACCACGCCGGCAACAACCACAUUGGCAACAACGACAGCAGCUACCACCACAGCAGCUACCACCACAGCAGCAACAACCACAGCGGCAACAACGACAGCAGCUACAACCACAGCGGCAACAACCACAUCUUCCCCAACAACAGCAGCUUCAACCACAGCUUCCACAACCACAGUUUCCACAACCACAGCAGCAACAACCACAGCAGCAACAACCACGGCAGCACCUACUACUCCCUAAAAACUGAACGGAUAAGGCAGCAAUCGGCAUCACCACCAACAAAAUAAUAACAACAAAAUAAUGUCUAGAAACACCACCGACCAACCACUUGAAGGCAUCAGCAACCGAAAUCAUAAUUUUUACCACAGCAAUAUGUAGAGUGUUCCAUUUAGCCACAAUAA